GACUGACCUUUGGGGGUAGUCGGCCAGCUCUCACCGCCUACUUCCGGUUUUGUAGUUCGGCACUGCAGGACUCUCUAGGCCUGCUCGGUCUCGGUGGUGGUGGUGGCGUAGCUGUCUGAAAAGCGGCGGGAGCCCUCGGCUUGUCUCGGUGUGUCGGGGUCCGCUGCAAAGAGGACCAUCCCUCCGAGCUGCGAAGCGGCACGGUGCAAUGCCUCUCCUAACCCAGCGCAUUCCAGACCUGAACGAACAGUACAGCCUAGUGGCCAGCCUCGACAAUGUGCGAAAUCUCUCCACGGUCUUGAAAGCUAUUCAUUUCAAAGAACAUGCCACGUGUUUUGCUACUAAGAAUGGACUCAGGGUUACAGUGGAAAAUGCAAAGUGUGUGCAAGCAAAUGCUUUUAUUCAGGCUGAAGUGUUUCAAGAAUUUAUCGUUCAGGAAGAGACUAUUAGUUUUCGAAUUAACUUAACUAUCCUUUUAGACUGUUUAUCUAUUUUUGGGUCAAGUCCUAUGCCAGGGACUUUAACUGCACUUAGGAUGUGCUACCAAGGUUAUGGUCACCCUCUGAUGCUGUUUCUGGAAGAAGGAGGAGUGGUGACAGUCUGUAAAAUCAACACUCAGGAGCCUGAGGAGACUCUGGAUUUUGAUUUCUGUAGCACCAAUGUGAUAAAUAAAAUUAUUCUGCAGUCAGAGGGGCUCCGUGAAGCAUUUUCUGAAUUGGACAUGACAAGUGAUGUCCUACAGAUCACUGUGUCUCCUGACAAGCCCUAUUUCAGGUUAUCUACUUUUGGAAGUGCAGGCAGCUCCCACCUUGACUACCCCAAAGAUUCAGAUUUGGUGGAAGCCUUUCACUGUAAUGAGACCCAGAUCAACAGAUACAAAAUUUCUUUACUGAAACCCUCUACAAAGGCAUUAGUCUUAUCUUGUAAGGUAUCUAUUCGGACAGAUAAUCGAGGAUUCCUCUCAUUACAGUACAUGAUUAGAAAUGAAGAUGGACAAAUAUGUUUUGUGGAAUAUUACUGCUGCCCUAAUGAAGAAUCUUCUGAGUACUGAAUAAUUCACUGAUUAUUUAUGUGUACAUUUGCGAUUGUGUUCCCACUCUGACUGCAGUGUUCUUCAUGGUUUCCUAUUGGACUCGACAGAAAAGAAGCAUGGAGAAGGCGGCUCAGGGUCCCCAGACUAACAGUGACUGUAUAUUUCAUAAAGUGUUUUCAUGUAGUCAUAAAUUAUCUGGCUUAUUAGAUGACGGUCCCUGUGACUAUCUUUUGAACUCCUGGGGAUCAUUGUGAGUCAAGAUGGAUAAAUUUUAUGUUCUUUUCUACUUAGAACAUUCUUAGAACCUAUACAAAGUUGGAUGGAGCCAUACCAAAAAUGUGCCUUUAUAUACAUUGCCUAGUAGUGUGAAUUCCAGAGUCUAGAUCUUAAAACUGACUGGCUCUCACAGUCAAACCUGUGUCAUCGCCAAACUCUGAAGAGUGUUCUUGUGUGUAGCAUUAACUGCAUUGAGGUAAUUACUUUUGUAUAUGUCUUCUUCACAAAUGUUCUAACAUCAAGGCAUCACCAAGCCAAUUUGAACAUUGUUUUCUGUGGUUUUUAAAAGUAUACCUAUCGCUAAGCAGCAUGCAGAACCACCUCUGAACCAUCUGAUGCAGUGGUACUUAGUUCACAGCUCCUUUUGCCUACUGUAGUAGCUUCUUGACCAGAAACAUUCAGUAGUUUUGUAUUUUCUUGGAUAGUUUCUACUGAAAUAUUUUUUGUGACACAUAGAUUCUUUUAUACUUAAUAAAACACUAAAAUUCUCUGAAAUGCUCUCUAGUAGAAAAAAAUUCAUGACUAAAGUCAAGUUUCUGACAUUUUUACUGUAUCACAUGGUAACAGUUUAAUGCAGAGUGGCACUAAAGGCUUUUUGGAUGCAAUAGUUCUUCAUGAGAAAAUACUGUCAUUCCAUUGCAAGAUUCAUUUAGCAUUCUUGACAUUUAUCUGUUAAUUCCAAUCAUUAUGACUCCUGCUCCCAAAUAAAGUGUCCCAGACUGAUGGUUGAAACCCAUUCAGUGUUACCCAGCACAAUUUGAGAGUGUCUUUGGAAUACCCUAUCUUAAAAUGGUAGACACCACUGGCUUGGAGAGAAUUGCAGCAGGUUGAGUGGGGCCAAGCUCCCCCAGAACUGCUGCGUGCUAUAUGACAGUUCUGUGAUGUAGGCCAGGGUUAGUAAGUGAUGAUUCCGCAUCCCAGGCAGUCUCAGGGUGUCUAGCUGAUACUGGGAAGGUAGAAUUUUGUAAACUGUAAUAUAUGUUUGAGAAGGAAAUGAAUGAAUCUACUAAAUAUCAAAAUAUGUCGUUUCCAUAAACACUUAAGAACAAACAAUUCAAAAACAUGAAGGUGAUCACUUGACAGUUCACGAACUACAAUUUUUCCUGUGUAUUUAAAAUAGGGCAGAACUUAUCUAGCAGCUGGUUUUUACUAACCCCUUUACCCUCAACUCCCAACAUACAGAAUUCAUUUUAAAUUGGAUACAUAGAAUUUCGGAUUUUGUUCAUUAUUGUAGUGUGUACAUAUAACAGUAUCUAAGCUAUAAUAGGUAUGCAUUAAAUAUCUGUUAGAUGGAAGAAUAUCCACUUACAGAUUUUUAGUACCUUACUAGUAAUUAUGACCAUUUAGCUCCAAAUUAUAAAUUGAAUAUAUUAGAUUUAAUAAAGAAUG